AUGGCCGCGCCCAUUGUGUACGACGGUGUGAAGAAGAAGAAGCAGUAUUAUAAGAAACUGUGUAUGGGUUUACAUAGGGAUGGCUCUCUCAUGUCUAUCCAGGUCUUCAAUUCACUGUUCGAUCGAAGCAUAUUGCGACCAUGCACAGAACCAUUCACGGGCUACGGAGGUGACCAAUUAAAUAUUUUGGGGAAAUGCAACACGACUGUUGUCAAGCUUCCAUUAAUCAAUGAUGCCACUCCGAUUUUUUGUAAGGUCAGACCCAUACCGAUGGCAUUUCGUGAGAAAAUUGAGCAACAGUUACAGCAGUUAGUUGAGCAAGACAUCAUCACACCCGUAAAUGACUCAGAUUGGGGUACGCCAAUUGUACCCAUUCCAAAAUCUGAUGGUGAAAUCAGAAUAUGUGGCGAUUAUAAGUCAACGAUAAAUCGAUUCCUUAAAGACUUUCGGUAUCCACUACCGCGUAUUGAGGAAAUUUUCGCUUCAAUGCAAAGAGGACAAUUGUUCACCAAACUCGAUUUAUCUGGCGCCUACAAUCAACUUGUUCUGGACGAUGAUGCGCAAAAGUUGUGCACUCUCAGCACACAUAAAGGACUAUUUCGCAUGAAAAGACUUCCAUUUGGCGUGAAGAUAGCCGCUUCAAUUUUUCAAAAGACAAUGGAGUCGCUUCUUUCUCAGUUUGCCAAUGUUUUUUGUUUUCAAGAUGAUAUAGUAGUCACAGGAAGUAAUUUUGCUGAACAUUUAAGCACGCUACGGAAAGUGCUGACUAAGCUUCAAGAAGCUGGUCUACGACUGAACGUCGGUAAAUGCAAAUUCUUUCAGAGCAAAAUAUCAUACUUAGGUUUUGAUGUGGAUAAAAAUGGUCUUAGUAAGAAUCAAGAAAGGACAAAAAGUGUAAUUGAUUCGCUGCGUUUAUCUCACAUAUUUGAAGAUGGAUCUGAUAGACCGGUUGCAUUUGUCUCACGUGCAUUAAAUAACGCCGAGAAAAAUUAUAGUACGUUUGAAAAAGAAGCACUUGCUAUUAUUUUUAGUGUGACGAAAUUGCGUCAGUACUUGUUAGGCAAUAAAUUUAUUCUUCGAACGGACCAUAAACCAUUAGUCACAAUAUUUGGAGAGAAUAAAGGUAUUCCAGUGAUGGCAGCCGCUCGAAUUCAGAGAUGGGCUCUUCUUCUUUCAGGUUUCAAUUACUCUAUUGAGUAUGUCAAGGGCGCACUUAGUACGUCUGACAGCUUGUCACGUUUGCGACAACCACCACAAUCCAUGAAGAGGCUUCAUACAUAA